GAACGUUUGACGUUUACCCCAAUUACUUUUACGAAAUCAGAAUCAAUCUCCUAAUCAGCUGUCAUUAUAAUCGAGGCGCUUCGUUGCUCUUCUUCUUUCUUCUUUCUUCUUCCGUUUCUCGCUUCUCUGGGUUUAAUAAUCUCUUUAGAAAAAAUCGAAUCUUGCAGCAAACUGAAAUGGUCAAAUAAAAAAGUUAAGGACUCCAUCAGAAUCUGUCUUCCUACUUAUCGAGACAGGUGAGAGAAAUAAUAGUUCUGAAGGUUCUGUCUGAAGAUUCUCUGUUUUAAAGAGACAUGGAGUGCAACAAGGAUGAAGCCAUAAGGGCAAUGGACAUCGCCAAGAGGAAAGUUACAGAAAAUGACUACACCGGGGCGAAAACAUUUGCUGUCAAGGCUCAGAAUCUGUACCCUGAGCUCGACGGUUUGAAGCAAGUGUUGAUGUUGAUAGAUGUGUAUAUCUCGGCAGGAAACAAGAUUAAUGGAGGGGAGCCUGAUUGGUAUGGAGUUCUUGGUGUGGAUCCUUUGGCUGAUGAUGGAGUUGUGAAGAAGCAGUACAGGAAGCUGGCGCUUUUGCUUCAUCCUGAUAAAAACAAGUGUGAAGGAGCAGAAGGUGCGUUUAAGUUGAUUUUGGAAGCUUGGUCUCUGCUGUCUGAUAAGGUUAAGAGGAUUGCUUUUGAUCAGAAGAGGAGGGUGGUGAUGGUGAAAGAAGUUAAACCGAGAAAGAGUCGGAAGCAGAAACAAGAACCAAAGGAGCCGAAGCAAGCUACAAAGAGGCAGAAGCAGCAAGCAAAGGAGCCGAAACAACCGGCAAAAAAGCAGAAGCAACCACCAAAGGAGCCGAAGCAGCCCAAACAACCAGCAAAGCAGCAGAAGCAACCAGCAAAGCAGCAGAAGCAACCAACAAACCAACAGGAGCAACCACCAAAGCAGCAGCAGCAGCAGGAGCCCAAACAAGAGGCAAAUCAGCAGCAGCAAUCACCAAUGCAGCCCAAACAAGAAGCAAAUGAGCAGAAUGAACCACCAAAACAGCCUAAACAACCUGCAAACCAGCAGGAACAACGACCAAAGCAGCCCAAACAAGAGGCAAAUGAGGAGCAGCAAUCACCAAUGCAGCCAAAACAAGAAGCAAAUGGGCAGCAGGAACCACUUAAACAGCCCAAACAACCAUCGCCGCCUAAACAACCUGCAAACCAGCAGGAACAACGACCAAACCAGCAGAAACAACAACCGAGCCCACAGAAACAACAACAACGACAGCCAAGUUCUAAGGCAUCUCGAAACGGUAGAGGUCGAAGCAACAAGCCCACACCAAAAGUCAGUAACUUUUGGACAAAGUGCAACAUAUGCGAGACGCAACACGAGUAUAUAAGGGUCUACUAUCUUAACAAGAAAGUGAUAUGUCGAAGCUGCCAUGGGUCUUUUAAAGCAACUGAGAUAGAGAAAACACAGGAAGCAACAAAAGAUGCUUCUUGUGGGAGAGAUUCUUUGUCAAGAAAGGCCAGUUCAAACGUGGCAAAUCAAGCAGAGGAAAGAGUAGUGGUUGAGGAGUCGGAAGACAAGGAUGAAGAAGCUGCUAGAGAGAUUACAAACUCUGAUUUCAAAGUAGAAGAGAGGGCUCGUAAGAAGCUGAAGACAAAUGUGUCUUGCAGAGGCAAGUAGUGGGUGGAUCAAAGGUGUGAUGUUUAGGAGUUGAACAAUGAAAUGACUUUUAGGGAUUCCUUAGCGAUCCUAUCUCUUAUGGCUAUUAUAUAUAUAUAUAUAUAUAUAUAUAUGAAUGUUUUGCAUCUAAACUAGGAAAAGUACACACUGGAAGCUCUUCUUCUAACAUCUUUAAUGUGAAAUGUCCAAACUUUUUUGUUUUGUUUGUUAAAAAAGUGUGCUUUGUACAAAUUGGGACAUAACAAGUCAUUGUCAAGUUCCAAAAUAGUCUAAUUUGAUUAUUCUUCUGA